UGACAAAUAACAAUAAAUUAAUAAUUAAGUAAAGAAGAGGAUGUAAAAUCUGCUGAGAACGCCGCCAUCCGUCCAUCCACCCGGGUUGAAGCGCGCAUCGCCGGGGCUUGCAGGCUGACGGUGGGCCGCAGCAGAGAGAAGAGGAGUGGUGCACUGGAUGGUUAGUGGGGGAUGAUGCUGAUGCUGAUGAUGAUGACGGCCUGAUGUUCCCCUGCACGCCCCGCUGAUACACAGGGACUGCUGCUGCUGCUGCUGGUUGUAGGGGUGAGGAUUAUCCAGGAGGCUGGAGGAAGGAAGACAGGGAGGGGGGGAGGCAGCGACGAGCAUCAUCCGGAGAGGAUACGUUUCGUCAAGAGAUGCUGGCUGCUGAAAAAUAAAAAGGAAAAUCCUCUAAAAGAAAAGCUGGAGCAUCUCAUUCAUCUUCCAGACUCUCAUUUCGAUCGGAUCCUGCUCUUCAGGAGAGAAAGUCAGCUCAUGAUUGCUCCAGAAACGCGUGCAGAAAUUUGAUAGAAACUGUCUCCUCUUUCUUUUCCUGCUGGUGUGUUUCUGUGCUGCUUUCACAGUCAGCUGGGAUUUACUGGUUCAUUUCGGUGCGUGCGUGUGCGUGUGUGUGUGUAUGUGUGUGGUCGGGGGUUAAGGACCAUAUUGGACGCUUGAUAGUCGAGGUAGAGCUCCACACACACACACACAGAGAGAGAAGAUGUCGGGUCAGACGCUGACGGACCGCAUCGCCGCGGCGCAGUACAGCCUGACGGGAUCCGAGGUGUCCCGAGCUGUGUGUAAAGCCACCACACAUGAACAGACACCUCCAAAGAAAAAGCACAUGGAAUACCUGAUCCAGGCCACCCAGGAGACCAAUGUGAACGUCCCCCAGAUGGCCGACACGCUGAUGGAGAGGGCCGGAAAUGCCAGCUGGGUGGUGGUUUUCAAAGCCCUGAUCACCACACACCACCUCAUGGUGCAUGGCAAUGAGAGAUUCAUGCAGUUCCUGGCAUCUAGAAACACCUUGUUCAACCUCAGCAACUUCCUGGACAAAACUGGCUCCCAUGGCUACGACAUGUCCACAUUCAUCAGACGCUACAGCCGCUACCUGAACGAGAAGGCCUUCGCCUACAGACAGAUGGCUUUCGAUUUUGUUCGGGUCAAAAAAGGAGCUGAGGGAGUAAUGAGGACCAUGCCAGUAGAGAAGCUGUUGAAAGGAAUGCCCACCCUGCAGAGCCAGAUCGACGCCCUGCUGGAUUUUGAUGUGCACGCCAAGGAUCUGGACAAUGGAGUGAUAAACGCCUGCUUCCUCCUACUCUUCAAAGAUCUGAUCAAGUUGUAUGCCUGCUACAAUGACGGCAUCAUCAACCUGCUAGAAAAAUUUUUCCAGAUGAAAAGAAGCCAGUGUAAAGACGGACUGGAGAUCUACAAGAGAUUCCUGACACGAAUGACUCGGGUUUCAGAAUUCUUCAAAAUUGCAGAGCAAGUGGGAAUCGACAAAAAUGACAUCCCUGAGCUCACUCAGGCCCCAGAAAGUCUUCUGGAGUCCCUGGAGACCCACCUUAACACACUGGAAGGGAAGAAGCCAGAGGACAAGUCGCCCACUAAGGAUGCGACAGCCAACAACAGCUCGCCGGCUGCUGCUGCUGCUGCACCAGCCAAGCCCGCUCCUCCUGCUCCCGCCGGCGGACCCCCUGCUCGCCCCGGGCCCCCUGCCAAACCUCCUCCGCCCUCUGUCACCCCCACUGCACCGGCCCCCACCGCUGCUGUUGCUGCUGCUACUACUAGCAAUGCCCUCGAUGAUGGCUUCUUGUUGGAUUUGGACCCCAUGUCCUCCUCAUCCAAAGGAGGCGCUGCAGCGGCAGUGACUGGAUGGGGAGAUCUCUUGGCUGAGGCAUCUCCGGCCGCCACCGACGAAGCCUCUGAAGCUCUCCUGGCAGAGGGAGAGUCUGCUGAUGCCGAUGCUGCUGCGCCUGCAGCUUCCGCGCCCACAGCCGUCGUCGCUCCUGUCGCCGCAGCUGCUGCACCGGCACCCGCCUCGCUGCCCAUCUCAGCUCCCGCCGCCACCUCAGCAGCAGACCUCGACCUUUUCGGAGAUGCGUUUGCACCUUCCCCAGGAGACGGUCCUGCUGCCGUGGCCGCGGGCCCCGCUGCUGAUGCAUUUGGUGGAUCUGACCCCUUCGCUACAACGGAGGGGAGUGCAGACAUUGCUCCAGAGCUGGACCUGUUCGCUAUGAGGCCAAGCGACUCGGGGUCCACCGCCAUCACCCCUCCCACCUCUAGUGAGGCGCCGACCAUCGUCGCCCCCAUCGCUGCCCCUGCUGCCCCCACCCCUUCUUCCACCACAACCACUACUACCACAACCACCACCGACACCACCACCACAGAGUCUGCAGCCGCUCCGACUCUAGAUAUCUUUGGUGAUAUGUUUGAUUCUAUGCCUGAGCAAAGCCCUACCACAGAAUCCAAAGCUGCUACCACUCCUAGCGUAGACCUUUUUGGUGCAGACCUUCCUGCUGUUUCACGCGGGCCCUCUCCUUUGCCUGAGCCCGCUCCAGCUGGAGACAUCGUGACCGAUUCAUUUGCAGCUCCAGCUCCUGCUGCUCCUGUUGCUGCUCCUGCUGCAGCUCCCGUCCCGGAGGCCUCCUCUCCCUCCAAAGCAGCAGAGCCGGAACCUGUCAUUGACCUGCUGGACUCUUUCGGCAGUCCUCCAGAGGAGACGCAGAGCUCUGCUCCUGGAGGGCCCGGAGACGACCUGCUGGGAGGCCUGAUGUCCCCUACCCUGGCUCCCACCGCUGCCCCAGCUCUGGCUCCAGCAUUGGCUCCAGCUCCCGCCUUGAUACAGGGCGACCUCCUGGAGUCGGGCUUUGAUGCUCUGGGCUCCCUUACCGCUCCAACACCACCCGUACCUGUAGUACCAGCUGUACCAGAACCUGCAACCACUGCACCGGCGCCCUCUGGUGGCUUUGAUGCUUCAAUGUUUGAUGGGUUAGGCGCCUUGCUGAUGCCCGCCGUAACGCCCCAGAGCACCGGUGGCAGCACUGCCGGAAGCACAGCAGGAAGCAUGGGAACACCCAUUGCAGUGGGAGGAAUUACAGCCGCUCCCCCCGCCACCCCACCUCCAAGCAAAACCAUCGGAGGAGACCUGGACUCCUCACUGGCCAACCUGAUCGGAGACCUUGGAGUAAAGAAAAAGGACCCGCAGAGUGAAAAGAAGCUGACAGGAGGUGCUAACUGGAUGCCACAGGUAGCUCCCACAAGCUGGGGUACACCAGGAGCCCCCAUGGCUGGUGCUGCCCCUGGAGCUCCUGGAGCACCAGGCGCAGCUCCACCUGGUGCGGCCUUGGUGCCACCAAUGAGCGCGCAGCCUGGCUUUGGCAUGCCUCCUGCAGGAGGAGCUCCAAUGAUGCAACCCAUGAUGGGUCAGCCUAUGAUGGGACAGCCCAUGAUGAGACCUCCCUUCACUGGGGUGGCUGGAGCUGCACCCGGAGCACCGCUUUCUCCAGGACCCGCAAGCCAGAGCCCCAAGAAGCCCAAGGACCCUUUGGCAGAACUUGAUCUCAAGGACUUCUUAUAACGCCCCAGCUGCUUUCUUCCUCUGGAGCAGGGCCUUCUCACCUUAUACCUGGUGUCUGUCAACAUCUCAGGAUACCAGCGAUGUUUCAGCUACUCAACCUUAUAAGAGCCUCUUAUCUCCACCCGCCCGUCAACACUCCACCCUUCUCCUGUGUGAUGUUGUAGCACAAACUGUGAAAGUGAAC